AAGUAUGUUUAUGAAGCCUUCAGAAAGCUGCGACCAGGUAAUAGUGUUAUAGCUCUCCAUGGAGGGAUGAACCAGUUGAAGAGAGUGGAUGCCUACAACAUGUUCUGUAGAAAACAGCAUGCAGUGUUACUGGCCACAGAUAUUGCUGCAAGAGGUCUUGAUUUCCCUGCAGUCCACUGGGUUGUCCAGCUAGACUGUCCAGAAGAUGCAAACACAUAUAUCCAUAGAGUGGGAAGAACUGCAAGAUAUGAAACUGGUGGUGAGGCAUUGUUGAUAUUGCUGCCAUCUGAGGAAGCUGCCAUGAUACAGCUGCUGGAGGAAAAGAAAAUACCUAUUCAAAAUAUCAAAGUUAAUCCCAAAAGAUGGCAGAGCAUCAAGGGCAAGCUUGAGUCUUGUUGUGCAGCAGAUGUUCACUUCAAAGAGAUGGCUCAAAGGGCAUUCGUAGCUUAUUUGAAGGCAGUGUUCCUCAUGAGUGACAAAAAAGUGUUUAAAGUUCAUGCCUUGGACACAGAACAGUUUGCAAGUUCAUUAGGUCUGGCCUUCCCACCAAGAGUACGGUUUCUGCAGAAGGACAAGAAAAGACUUGAAGCAAAACAAGUAGCAAAAGAUGCAUCAUUAAUGCAGAAUGUUGACAGUGAAUCAAAAUCCAACAGUAAUGAGAGUGAUUUUUCUGAAAGAAAUAAACUGUUACAAAUUGACCAAUUUGAGAACAGUAAAAACAUUGAAGACGGUGAUAGGGAGUCAGGAAGUGACAACGAAAGUGAUAAUGAAAGUGAUGAUGAUGGAAGUGAAACAUGCCCAAGCAACCAAAAAGAUAUUGAGAAAGAUAAUUCCCCAAAUCAAGUAACUAAAAGUGAAAAACAUUUAGAGAAAAAAAGGAACCCUACAGGAAGUACAGAGGCAGCAAAAGAAGUUCUUCAGUUCCAAGUGGAAGAUGAUGAUGAUGAUGAUGGCGAUUCUCUUUUUCAAGUGAAGAAAAGAAUUGACCCUGUAAUUUCUGAUGAGGACGAGAAGGAAUGUGCGGUAACUUUGGAGAAAGCAAAGAAGGCUAAAGCAGUCACAAAAGCAGCAGUUGCAAGGAAGAUUCACAAGAAAAAUCUAAAAGUGAACACAAAAAUACUGUUUAAUGAGGAAGGAGAGGUUAUUCAAGAUCCCUUGCGUACACGUCAAACGGCUCUCCCUGAGGAAGAGGCAUAUGAAGGGGGUAUUGAUAUUGAUAUUGCUAAGAAGGUCAUGCAACAAGAGGACAAGAUGGACAAGCAAAUGUUUAGGGAGAGAAUCAAGAAACGGCAUAAGGAAGAAAGGAUGAAGUCCAAAGCAGCAAGGAGGGCAGAAGAUGCAAGAAGAAAAGGUUUAGAGGUAGAAGAUGAAGAACCAGUUGCUCAUUUACCAAGUGGAGAUGAAGAUGCUGCCAUUGAUCUUCUACCUGACCCUGACCUUGUUUAUGGCAGGAAAGACACUGGUACAAGCUCUGAGGAUGGGGAGAACAGUUCUGAAGAGGAUGAACCUACCAAUAAGAGAGCAAGAGUUUCAGUAAGCAAUGAAGAUAGUGCAGAGAGUGAAUCAGAAGAUGGAGAUGAAGAGGAAGAUGAAAGUGAAGAUGAAAACGAUGAUCUUACAUUAGAGGAUAAUGAAGAACUAGCAUUAAAAUUACUGCAGAGCUGAUGACUCAUAUUCUUUUCAAAGGAGUUAUAUGCAGAAAUGCCACAUUAAUAAAUUAUUUUCG